AUGGAAAAGUCAACGUUAUGUUUGGUUAGUACCGUUGUGAUUCUUUGUUGUUUCUCUUGCAUAAACUAUGUGGCAUCUGAUGCAUCUGAUCAUCGUUAUAAAGAAGGUGAUUCUGUGCCCUUUUAUGCCAACAAAGCGGGACCCUUUCAUAAUCCCAGCGAGACAUAUAAAUAUUUCGAUCUUCCCUUUUGCAGACCAGCUAAUGUGGAAGAAAAGAAAGAAGAUCUUGGUGAAGUUUUGAAUGGAGAUAGACUAGUUGGUUCUCCUUACAAACUUGAUUUCUUGAUUAAUAAGAAACCUGAGAGCAUUUGCAAAAAGAUACUAACAAGAAAAGAGGUUGAUCAAUUUAGACGUGCUGUUUUGAAGGACUAUUUUUAUCAAAUGUACUAUGAUGAUUUGCCAAUUUGGGGUUUCCUUGGAAGAUUUGAAACUAAAGAAAAAGAUGAUGAUGAUGAUGACUCAAAUGAGGCUACGAUUUAUCUUUUUAGGCAUGUUCAUUUUGAGAUUCUAUACAAUAACGAUCGUAUCAUCGAUGUUUUCGUUAGAAAUGAACCCAAUGCUGUUGUGGAUUUGACAGAAGAUAGAGAGGUAAAUGUCGAUUUCACGUAUUCUGUCAAAUGGACUGAAACAGAUAUUCCUUUUGAGAAAAGGUUGGAGAAAUAUUCACAAACAUCUUCGCUUUCACAUCACUUGGAAGUCCAUUGGUUUUCGAUUAUUAACUCUUGUGUUACUGUUCUUCUCUUGACUGGAUUCCUUGCCAUGAUUUUCAUGCGUGUACUUAAGAAUGAUUUUGUCAAGUUUACUCCUGAUGAAGAGGCACUUGAUGACCAAGAGGAGAGUGGAUGGAAAUAUAUCCAUGGCGAUGUUUUUAGAUAUCCAAGAUUCAAGGCUUUGUUUGCAGCAGCACUUGGAAUAGGCUCUCAGUUAUUUACACUUGUAAUCUUCAUCUUUAUGCUUGCUCUAGUUGGUGUUUUCUAUCCAUACAACAGGGGAGCUUUGUUUACUGCACUGGUUGUCAUAUAUGCACUAACGUCCGGUGUUGCCGGUUAUUCUGCAGCUUCCUUCUAUUACAAGAUUGAAGGGAAAAAUUGGGUGAAAAUUUUGGUGUUAACUGGAAGUCUUUUCUCUGGACCGUUGUUUUUGACAUUCAGCUUUCUUAACACUGUUGCUGUUGCCUAUAACUCAACUGCAGCAUUACCCAUUGGAACAAUUAUGGUUAUUUUCCUCAUAUGGACUCUUGUAACGUCGCCUUUAUUGGUAUUGGGAGGGAUUGCUGGUAAGAAUAGCCAAUCAGAGUUUCUGGCGCCGUGUCCAACCAACAAGUAUCCAAGGGAGAUUCCUCAACUACCUUGGUACCGUACAACUCUCACUCAGAUGGCUAUGGCUGGUUUUUUGCCAUUCAGUGCCAUUUACAUUGAACUCUACUACAUAUUUUCUAGUAUUUGGGGUCAUCAGAUUUAUACCAUAUACAGCAUUUUGUUCAUUGUUUUCAUCAUUCUAUUGAUUGUCACUGCUUUUGUUAAUGUGGCAUUGACGUACUUUCAACUUGCUGCUGAGGAUCAUGAAUGGUGGUGGAGGUCUUUCCUUUGUGGUGGAUCAACUGGUUUGUUCAUAUAUUCCUACUGCAUGUUUUUCUACCAUGCAAGAUCAGAUAUGUAUGGUUUCAUGCAAACCUCGUUCUUUUUCGGCUACAUGGCUUGCAUUUGCUACGGUUUCUUUCUCAUGCUUGGCACUGUCGGUUUCCGAGCUUCUUUAAUCUUUGUCAGACACAUAUACCGUUCCAUCAAGUGUGAAUAG